AUGGCUCAGAAAUGGGCAGUUCUGGCUGUGCUCCUUUUCUUGCCAAUCAGUCUGGUUGAAGCUUAUGCAGCUCACAACACGGUGAGUGUAGAGGCUGGCCAUGAAGCUGUGCUGGAUUGCCCCAACACCUCCAAGGUGCCUUUGGUGCUGGUGAGGUGGAAGGGGAAUUGCAGAAGUUGCUGCUGGUUGUCCUAUAGAGGGGAUCACUAUAAGACAAGCAGGCUGAACUGCAGUGAGAGGAUCAUGUGGAAAUAUUCACCUGUCAGUGAUCCUGCGCUUCGUAUUUACCCCGUGAGCCUCGGGGACGAGGGAAUUUACACCUGUGAAUUUGCCAACAGGGAAGGGAAUUUUAAUUUUUCCUCUUCUCUGACUGUGAUAGUCCCUCCUACGGUGACUCUGACCCAUGACAAGAGCAGGGUGGCUGUGUGCCAGGCAUCUGCAGGAAAGCCAGCUGCUCACAUCUCCUGGAUCCCUGCAAGCAAUCACAGCUCCGAGGAAGAAUUCCGUCACCCCAAUGGAACAGUGACCAGAGUGAGCUACUUUGGCUGGGCCGACAGCUCAUUUCCCUCUGUCACCUGCCUGGUCACCCACGCAGCCAUGAACCAGACUCUGGUCAUGGACCUGAGAUAUACCUCCCACAGGCUUCUCUACAUCCUUUCAGGAGCAGCUGCAGGUGUCCUUGCUGUCACAGUUGUGACUUUAUCCUUGAUUUUCAGGCGCAGAGCUUGCAGGUUACGUAAACGGGCACAGGGCCCAGCAGAACACUUUACAACUACAGCCUGGAAGUUCCCACCUUCACGUGCAACAAGAGCAGCAGUCAAACCUCCUGACUUUCCAGAGAGCAUCUAUAUGAAUUACGGCCCAAGAUCUAUUUAUGUAUGCUUAUAA